CCAACAUUCUCCAUCACGAUUGGUUUCCUCGCCUCACCAUGUGGCGUCCCUUGAUUUUCCGCUCUUCAACCGUGAUGCACUUUUAUGCUUGAAGUCUACACGCGUCAGUUAACAACGAACCGGGUCCUUCAAUUUUAGACUACUUGUUGCUUCUGGCCCCCGAACUCUCCCACGACUCUAAACAACCACCACCGCCGUGGCUGAGAGGGCCCCCAAGAACAAUAUUGAAAAGCUGAAGCUUGCGAUGCCUAAAUAACACGAAACGGCCCUGCCCCGGCCGAGUGAAGCCCAGAUCCCCCCUUCUUGCUCUCAGAAUGUGCAUGUUCCAAGUGCCACACGGCGCAGCAAACCUGUCGGUUGUCCUGCUGUUGGCCCACUGCCUAGCCCAAACCUUCGGUAUCUCACUGAUGCGGCCGCAUCCGCGCCGCUCAUGUAAAGAAACGAAUCGGAAAGUACACUUCUACCUUGAAUGUUGGCUCUCCCACCUAGGGCUCUCCGAUCCCGGCACCCUGACCAAAACGUGGGCUGCAUCCCGGCCGGCUGGCUCCCAACUCCGGUCCGGGGCCUGGAUGUUGGCCCACCAGCUCAGCUCGGUGAAACCCCCAAUGCUCUGCCGUCUUCCCGGGUACUCAUAUGAACUCAUACACGCAGGGCUUUGGAGGGGCCGCAAGCUGGGUCAAAUGGCUUCAGAAUCGACCCCGUCUCAUGCUAUUGCGUGGAGACGGAGAGUAAGAGGGGGCCACAUGUGGCUGCCCGGGCUGGUUUAAGGCAGGACAUGGCCCUCCGUCUAUCGUCUAGAAAGAUUUUGCGUUCAUCUCUAGUCCCUUCAAGAACGAGUUUUAUCCCGAGGAUGCGCAUUGGUUCCUUUAUUGCGCUGUCCUCCAAACGUGAUUGACAGACACUUGAUGUCUCCAGACCGAAGGUUGGGUUACAACGCUUUAACACCAUUUUCCCCUUUUCUUCUUUUCUUUUAUACCCCCACGCAUCGUAAAGAUGCGUGGACGUUUUUUCCUACCGUCGCCGUUGGCGGCUCUCCUUGCUGCUUCACUCUUAUCUAGCCAUGUUAACGCAGGCUUCUGGAGCAAAAAGUCGCUGAUGGGUUCCGGUUCCGAGUCCGGCUCGGGCACAGGCUCAGGUACCGGAUCUGGCA